AUGCAAAUUCCAAAGCAAGACUCACACCCAGCCGAUCCAAGCGAGCCCUCAUUCCUUGACCGGCCAGGCGAGAUCCGCAACUUGAUUUACGAACAGUUGUUCAAGCGCGCCGAACCAAUCCUCCUUCACAACACCGAUGCUUACAAUGCGGUCGAACCCAAACGAAGAAAUUACGACACAGAUGAGGGAAUACACGCCCUGACAGCCAGAUUUGAGACGGAACUCGAGUCCAGAAUCGGCGCUGAUUAUGAGUUCACCCACGACUUCCACUUGGGAUUACCGCUGCUGCUGGUCUGUCGACAGAUAUACCAUGAGGCAGCCAGUGUGUUCUAUAGCGACAAUACCUUUGUUUUCUCGCGAGUUCUCGAUCGUCAUGAUGGAGGAAAUAAUCCGCGCUAUGACAAUUUCGAUGGGAAAGCUUAUCAUCAGUUCGCAUAUGCUUCCGUAUGGCUAUCCAACAUCGGCAGUCAGUUUGGGAUGCUAAAGAAGGUACAUAUCGAUGUCGAUGCCACGUGCUACCACGCUUGCAAGCAUGCACUGGAUGAUUUCGAUGCACUGCCCUUGUUACGAUUGCUUUGGAAGAACGGUGCAAAAAAGUCACCAAUCACAUUCGCUUGCACUGGGAGGAGACUGGACCCUGAGUGCGAGAAUUCCUUCGCACGGACUGAGGAACAAAAGAAGCGUUUGAUCGGAAACGGACAAUUUAGUUUACAAAGAUUCGCCAAUUUCGACCGGCUUAUUCACUCUGUCAGCAUACAUUUUGUGGAACGAUACAUGCGAGUCACAUUUGACAAGGAACAUAGUCACUGGAGGGAGCUCGCAGUGGACCAGAAUGGAGACGUCGUCAUCAGACAACUAGGCUCAAAGCCACGCCACUUCCUGGACCUUCCUCCAAGUGUCCUGUCAAAGAUCAUCAACCUAGCGGCACUAUCGCCUGAAGGUCCAAUACUAGACAUUGAUAAUCAUACCAUACACGGGCUACAGCUGAACAUCUGGCAGCUCAGCAGGAAGUCACGUUCUGAUUUCAGAAUCAGGAACAUGUUGACCCACAACACAAACGUUACCAUGGUCAAAACGAGUACCAAGAGUAGGACCAGUUUCAAGGACUUCCACUUUUUACGAGUACACUGCCUUACACGUCCUUGCUGCUUCUUCGUACCCAGAUGGGAUAGAUCCAUCGCGUCGUUCAACAUCGCUCUCGUUUUCGAAACCGCCACCGCAACAUCACUAAGCACGCUGCGUAUCAACGUCGUAGGCCUCAUAAAGGCGUUGAAAGAUGCCGCAAAAGAACAGGUGAGCAUCUCCAUCUCGCUCAAGAGCCCGGGGGAAGAUGCGUGCGAAGCAUUGCAGAGUGGCAAGAUUCCCCUGCCAGAUCUGGAGCGAAGAGUCUUCUUGCUCCUGUCUGAUGUCAUAGCUGGCUGGGACGUUGCGGAGGACAAGCUACCGGAUAUCUGGAUGGACGGGCACGGAAAGCUCAUCAGCGCGACAUACUCUGCUUCUGCCACUGUACUAGCUAGCCGCGUUGAGAAUCGGCAUGCGAAGCUCAAAUCGGUCGAGGUGCAGCAAAGAGGGUACCAAUUUGCUACGGACCUGUCUAAUAACAAAAGGGACGUGGAAGGGGGUCGACGCGCUAUGUGGUCCGCGCUCCGAGAAGAGUAUUGGCGUGAUUGGCAGGAUUGGGCACGGAAGAGGAGGGUGGAGGAGGAUAGAUUGGACAUAUAUGUAAGGGAAAGAGAUGAAGCCAUUAGGGAACAAUCUGGUUUCGACUUGGAUGAAUAUGAAGAGAGAAGGCUGGGUCAAGGGGGAAGUUUGAGACGGGGUAUCUGA